CUUCACAUCAUUCCGAAGCCUAUUUGUUAACAGUUAAAUGGUAAUGAUAAACGUUUAUUAAAUGUCUUUCGAUGUACCAUCUUGAUUUAAAGAAUUGAACUUAAAUACUGUUGAUUUAACAAAUUCAUAAUUUGUGAGACCAAUUACUGAUUUAUGAUAUGUAAUAAUCUGAAAUCGCUCUAUAUCUAGUUUUAUUAUGCGAUAUAUUGGUUUAAUGUUAAGCAUGCAAGUACUCGCAUAAGCUAAACAAAAAACAGUGGAUAGACAAGAUUAAGGCAACUGCGAUUUUAAUUAGAUGUUGUGAGCCUGCAUAAAGAGAAGAAUAAGUGAAACAUGGGUGUGGAUGAUAUAACAAGGAAUAAUGUGAUUUUAAUGGUUUUCUGUCUGACUAUUUCUAUUGUAGAAAUAGAAGUUUCAGCUGAUGCCAGCGAGUCUUUGGUAUCCCUCCAGAGUGAUUUCUGGGACUGGCGGAUGAGAAAUAAUCCAACAUCUUCGACCUAUGAUGGCAUGUACAAAUACAACGAUCUGAUGGAGGAAUACAGUCUUGAAGAAUUCCAAACAAAAAGGAAUAAGACACUAGACUUUCUCGCCCGACUAUAUGAAAUUGAACAAGACGACCUUGACAUCCAUGAAAAGGUCAACUUUGACAUUUUAAAGGACACACUCGAGACUUUCACCGAAGGAAAUUUAUGGGCAGAGUAUGGUGCCUUAAGUCCUAUAAGCUUUAUAACUGGUAUUCAACUUUUCGGCGGACCUUCUUUCGCCCCGAGUGCAACACGUGGGGACUUUGAAAACUACAUCGCGAGACUAUAUGCUGUACAAAAGCAGGUUGAUGGAAUUAAAAGUCUUGGUCGUCGCGCAAUUUCAUUGAACAGAACAUUGCACAAUGUGUCGAUGACUAAAGUUCCAGAGCAAAUUGAUGAAAAGAUUUUCGACCGACCUGAAAAUUCAUCAUACUAUAGCCCAUUUGGAGAUUUUCUAGACAAUUCACACGUUACAAAUGACUCGGAUAGAACAUAUAUAAGGAACAGAGGAAAGGAGGCAGUGUUAGCUUAUAUGAAUGCCUUUAGAGAUCUCAAGAACUUCAUUGUCAAUGAAUACAUGCCAAAUACCAGAAAGGAAUACGGUGUCUAUGCAUGGGAUCCUUCAAACGAAUACUACAAAGCUUGUUUAAAAUGGCAUCUAUCUUUUGACAUGACACCAGCAGAUGUCCAUGAUGUUGGUUUGAAGGAAGUUGAUCGUAUAACAAAGGAAAUGCAUAAGAUUAUGAGCAGUCUUGGCUUUGAAGGAACUGUCGCAGCUUUCUUUGCGAGUUUGGAAGAUGAUUCAAGGUUUUACACAAACGACACGGUCAAGAUCUUGAAGGCGUACAAUGACACUGUGUUCAAAAGAAUAAAUCCGGUUCUAGAAAACUAUUUCAGAGACAUUCCAGAUAUUCCCUUAAACAUAGAAGCAGCGUCGUAUGAUGGACUUGGUGGUGGUUAUUCAUCAGCGUCAGAAACUUCUCCUGGAGUAUUUUCUAUCAACUUGUUUAGACCUCUGGAAGUGCCUUUGUUUGAGACAAUGGUACUGUCUUUGCACGAGGCAAAUCCUGGGCAUCACUUACAGAACAGUUUUUCCUUGAGAGCAGAUCUUCCAGAUUUUAGAAAAAAUCCUAUUUUGUCUUUCGCAGACGUUCCAAACUGGUUCCCGAUCUACUCCGCGUAUAUGGAGGGAUGGGGACUUUAUUCAGAGUAUCUUGGUGAAGAGAUGGGAAUGUACAAAGACGGAUACGAAAUGAUGGGUCGUUAUAGUUACGAAAUUCUGCGAGCCUCUCGCCUCGUUGUUGACACAGGACUGCAUUAUAUGAGAUGGACUCGAGAAGAAGCUAUUCUAUAUCUUCAAAAUCAUACCGCAUUGGCUGGUGGGAGUGCAGCCAAUGAAAUUGAUCGUUACAUAACAUGGCCAGGUCAAGCUUGUGCUUACAAACUCGGUGAAAUAAAAAUAAAAGAGCUUAGACAAAGGGCUGAAAGAGAAUUAGGAGACAAGUUUGACCUUAAAGAAUUUCAUUACCAAAUACUGGCAAAUGGAGGGAUGCCUAUGAGUGUGCUAGAGAGAAUCGUUAACAGUUGGAUAGACACAACCAAGCAGUCUAAACCUACCAGCGGCAGUCCUUGUCUAGUAUUCGGACAUACACUAGUUUCCGUCUAUUGUUUUAUAAGCAUACUUUUUUCAAUUAUUUCAAUAUAAUAUUUGAACAGAAUUUGCAUCGCAUAAAUAAACAGAUACAGAAAAAUAUAUAAUGGGCUGUCCUAAAAGCCCGUGACAAAUUUUAUAGACAGUUCCCUUGUAACGCCAAUACAUAAAAAUGUUUAUAUAUAUUCUUACGUCAUAUCAAGUCAGAUUCAAAAUAUGUACUCCAUUAUCUUUUAAUUUUCAUUAUUAAAGACAUGUGUAAUAACCUUCA